AUGGUAGCCAAUAACUACCAAAAUGAUGGACUUCAAAACACAGAGGUUGUAGAGCUCAUGAUUUUAGGAUUCAUAGGAAAACUGUUAGAUUGGUGGAAUAACUGUCUAACAGAAGAGUCUAAAGAAGACAUUAAGCAUGAUGUCCAAAAAGAUGAGAAUGAGAACCCCAUCUUUGACGAACACAUAGGAAGAGGUGUUCCCGACGGAGUCAAUACCCUGAUCUAUACGAUCAUGAAACACUUCAAGGAGAAGUUCAUCAAUGGCUUACCCACAUUAUUUGGACAAAAGGUCAAAGAAACCCUUGCCAGUCCUUUAGGUGUCAUAGAUUAUGAUAACCUGACCUAUGGAGACAUCUCUAGCACACUCCAAAAUGAAGGAAUGAAGAUGUGUAGAGAUCUCAAAAUCCAAAGUCAAGCCAACAAGAGCAAAGCCAAGUACGAAAUAGGAAAUUUUUGUACUCAAUAUGGCUUACCUUUAGUCAUCCCCAAAAGGAAAUCCAAACACAGAGGAAAGGAACCCUCUGAGAAAUCCCAUAGGAAGAAAACAGCCUCCAGGUACUAUAGAAAACAGAAGUUCAAAACUGAUGAUUUCUAUAAGAAAGGAAAAUCCAAGUCCACAGGAAAAUUCAUACCUAAAACAUCAAGAAAAUGUUUUAAGUGUGGAAAGAGAGGACAUUUCCAGAAAGAGUGUAAAGCUAAGGCCAAAUCCCUUAUCAAUACCCUUAUUAGUGACCAAACCAGCAAGGAAGAAAUCUUCAAACUCUUAGAACUUGACCGCUUAGAUAGUGAGUCUUCAAAUAGUUCUAGUAACGAAGAGAAGCACCAGUUGUAUAAGUCAUCCUCUGAACCCUCUAGAGUCUCCUCUAGCUCCUCUAGUGGCAUAGAUGAAAUCCCAGCCUGCAAAGAUAGUUGUUGUAGGAACAAGACUAUUAGUGUUCUUUCUAAGCAAGAAGAGUUGCUCUUAGAUCUCAUAGAACAGACUAAAGACCCUGUCACCAAAGCUCAAAAACUCAGUGAGUUCCACAAAACCCUAGUUAAGGAAGAGUACAUCCAAACCUAG